AUGGACGCAAACGCAGACGAGAUGGACGACCUGGAUUCGUUCCUAUACGAGAGCCUGACAACUGGAGAUUUCGACAACUUCGAAGGCUUCAAUGAAAACAGUGCAGAUUAUUGGCUAGGUCUGCCCUCCGACGCUGCAGAUUCCGCAAUGCCGCAACAGGAAUCCGAAUUCCCUAUGGCGUCGCCCUUUGCCAAUAAUGAGCAGCCGAUGUCGAGACAUGGGCCAUCACCUCCCACCGUCUUCCCUGAGCCUUUCCAAGCAUCAGCCUCGCCACCAGGCCUGGUGAUGCCUGACCGAGGAUUCAGCCAAGGUCCUUCACCAGUGUCACAAGAGGGUGUUGUAUUCGAUGCCUAUGACUCAGGCAAUAUAUGGCAGAGCCCGGCGGCCGAAACCAAGUUCACCCCGGACAUGAUGCCGUUGCAGCCUACUUACUUCGGCUUCAAGGCUGAGCCCGGUCAAGACUUCAGCGCGCGCCCACUUGGAGCGGCGAGCCUUGGCUCUGCCCCCAACGACAACCAUUACGGCCACCAGGCCCUACCAAAUCCAGCCGGUGGCGCACUGCCAUUGGCAAACUACGGCGUGCCACAUCCUGGUCAUGCGCCAGCGGCCUAUACGCUGCCGCCUACGACCGCGGCUGCAAGGGGCGGCGGUCGUAGUAGGUCUUGGGCAGCGCGAGACACUCCCUCCCAGGAAUGCUACGCGGUGCGUGUGACGCCAGGCAUAGACUAUUUCGGACAAGACCACUGCGCACAGCACAUGCUUGCUGUCACCGAGCAGUUCACCAAGAAGAAUAUACGCGACUACUCGCUCGACAUCAUCCCGUUCGCCCCGUCCGCGGGCCACCGAGGCUACCAGCGGCGCUACACCUUGGGCCCCAGGGCCAGCCGCAACGAACGCCAGCGCCUGGACUUCCUGCAAGUCUUUGCGCCGAAUCGUCCGUUCAACCAGCAGCUGCCUGGUUUCGCCUCCAAGAUGGAGGUUGUUCCCUACGAGCCGAAGCCCUUCCAUCACAGCGACGGCUAUGCGGAGAUUGCAGGCCUGGGCGACCACGAUGGGGACGACACGGGCGGCGUCGGUGUUGCGUUCGACCAGGACAUGACCGACCUGGCCACAUACAACCCCUCCGCAGCUCCGGGGUUUCCGUCUCCGGAACCCCAUCACGGACUGGACCUGAGCACCUCUCCCGCCGCGUCUCGAGCUCCCGCCACGCUUCCGACACCCAAGGAAGACAACGAGAUCCACAUGCCACAGCGCAGCAAGGCCAUCCCGAAGCCAGAGCGCCAAGUCAGAAAAAAUGCACAGGGCAUGUAUGAUUGCACAUUCGAGGGAUGUCUCGAACAUCCGCGUUCGUUCCAUAGGAGGUGCGAAUGGUCAAAGCAUAUGGACAAGCAUGACCGCCCGUACAGGUGUGGUGCUGAUGGCUGUGAGAAGCUGCCUGGCUUCACGUAUAGUGGGGGACUGCUCAGACAUGAGCGCGAGGUUCACGGCAAGCAUGGGGGCCCGAAGAACCCACUGAACUGUCCCCACGUCAGCUGCAAGAGACACUCCGGCAAGGGUUUCUCGCGCUUGGAGAACCUGAACGAGCACCUCCGCCGCGUUCACACCAACUCCGCAGCAGGCGGCUCCGGUGAUGAGCUACCCGAGGAUGCCGGGGGCGCCAUCGCAGGGGGUGAACGGACUUCCAUCCCUCCCCCACAGCUGCAGAUUCCCUUGCCCACGCAGGCCCAAACUCCCGUGGUGCUCGGCGAGAAGCGCAAGCACGAGGACGACGAGGACGACGUUCAGCGCGAGAUCAAGCGUCUCCACGUGGCCAAUGAGACUCUGAACAGGGAGCUUCAAGCGCAGAAGGAGUCGCUGGAGCGAAAAUUCCAGCAGCAGCUCCUCGAGGAGAAACAGCGAGCUGACGCCCGAGACGCCGCCCAGAAGCAGCAGAUGGUGGCGAUGAUGGCCGAAAUUCAGGCGCUGCGAAGCGAACAACAGCACCAGCGACAGCAGAUCACGGGGAUUGCGCCCAACGCAAUCCUCGAAGACCCCAGCGCCUCCUUCUAG